CGUGCGGUUGUGUCGGUGUGCAUUGGCGGUGCUGUGCGGUGGGGGGGUGUCGGAGUGAGGGAGUUAGUUACUGUCAGAACAGGAGCAGAGGGAGGACUCAGCUCUCUGGCACACAGCGUUUCUGAUACCGGAUCAUCUCUGUCCGUGAAGGUUUCAGCUGUCCUCCCCAGGAAUCAAAGCAGUGUGCUGAAUAACUGAUGACGACUUCUCCUGUUCUCCUGCUCCACUGAGAUGGGGAAUGGAUUAUCAGACCAUCACUCUCUCCUCUCGUGCCUCCCUUCCUUCCAGGCUCUUCAUAUUGUCAUUCUAGGACUGGACUGUGCCGGCAAGACCACGGUCCUGUAUCGCCUGCGUUUUAAUGAGUUUGUGAACACUGUCCCAACAAAGGGUUUUAACACAGAGAAGAUCAAGGUGUCACUCAGAGGCAGCCGGCAGACGGCGUCCUUCCACUUCUGGGAUGUAGGCGGUCAGGAGAAGCUGCGGCCUCUGUGGCGCUCUUACACACGCUGUGCCGACGGCAUCGUGUUUGUGGUGGACUCAGUGGACACAGAGCGCAUCGAGGAGGCCAAGACAGAGCUGCACAAGAUCACACGACUGGCAGAGAACCAGGGUGUGCCGGUCCUGGUGGUGGCUAACAAACAGGACCUGAGGAACUCGCUCAGUCUGGCUGACAUGGAGAGUUUGUUGGCUCUAGGUGAGCUCAGUGCCGCCACGCCCUGGCAUCUUCAGCCUACAUGUGCGAUCAUUGGUGAGGGACUGCAAGAAGGUCUGCAGAAACUGCACGCCAUGAUCAUGAAGAGGAGGAAGAUGCUGCGGCAACAGAAGAGGAAGAGAUGAUGGAAGCUAUGAAAUGUGAGCUGGAUAUACAUUAUAACUACUGUGAGCGACAUACAAUCCACUGGUUCAUUGUGUUUGCUGUGAAAGAGACAACACUUCCUGUGCAGUUACUGAGCUGUCCCUUGGCAGUGUGACUGGCUGGGUUUCCAUUGGCAGGUGUGGAGGUCAGCCAGUGUGUGGCUCACACAGAGGACACUGGGACUGGUUUUAAUCUGUGGACUCAGUCAUUCUAAAGGCCAUACAGUAUUAUGCUACACAGCAGCUAGCUACAGAGUUUACGCUGAAGUCUUCAAGAGGACAGUGAAAUACGACUCAUCAGUUAUAUGUUGUUUGUUAAAAUAUGUGCUGCUGCUCUGUUCAAAAACACCUAGUCUUUAUAUUAGUAUUCAGUCAAAGCUGUGCUCAGAGUGCAGACAGGGCCAUGUUAAAGAAACUGAUGAAAAGAGCUUACGUUAGUGUUGCAGGAGGAAGGAAGAGCACUGGAGAAAUGUCCUUAUGUAAAAGUACUGUGUAGUGUGUACGCAAAUAAAACAGAAUAAAGAGUUUUAUAAUAGCAAUGCA